AGCAGAUACAACUUCAAUAGCAGACUCGUUAUCCUCGCGCGACCAAAAAUCUUGGCAUUGCAACAAGAAACGGACACCCGAUCUUCUAUUUCGAACAUUCACCUCAGGCAUCAAAUCCCAAGCACUUUGGUUUUUCCCUACCGAAAACUUUAUUCACAUGGAGGUUCCUGUAGUCACUCUUACUAGAGGAUUCCCCUACCUUAGAUGAUAGAUCGACAAUGAUUCUACUUGUUCACAGCAGCUUCUUAAAGUGGUUGCUCUUACUAGCGGUAGAACAAAACUAGUGCACUUUCGACGCCGGAACAGUUAUAUAUACCGUGAUGCAUUUCAUGUAAGUAGAAGUACUACAGCCUUCUUGGGGUCGGGGUACUUCUACCGCGCCGACUCCAACAAGGUCAUACACAAUAAAAAGUGAAUAAUGGGGGCGGAAGAGUCGAAGCCCACCGAGGAUCUGCAGGAGAUCGAGCGGCGAUUGUUGGAACAUGCUCGGGUUCCGGUGAAAGUGCGCGACCUGUUGCUGCCGCGGGCGCAGGAAAGCAUUCACUACGCCCAGUGUGAGGGGCGUGGGGAGAUAGGGAACGGAUUGCCGCUCGUGGUCAUACAUGGCUAUGGCGGCGGGGUGGGUGUCUACUACCGCAUCAUGAAGUUCAUGGUCGAGCGGUGGAGCGGACCCAUCUACUUUUUGGACCUGCCCGGCAUGGGUUGCAGCAUGCGGAAGGAGCGCCACUUUGAGUCGCCCGAGGACGUGGAGCACUUUUUCAUCAAGCGACUCCGCUUUUGGCUAGAUUCCGUCAUCCCGUGGAAGCAGGAGCCCGGGGACGAGGAUGCGGCGGAGAAUGGCGAUGCCUACCCCGGAGUAGGUGUACAACCCGGAAGUGAUGACCGAGCAGGGGUAAUCCCGAAAAUGCCAGCAUCGUCCCUCCAGGGCGAGGGUGAAAGCGCGGAAAGUAGUAAGAACCAAGGACCGCUGCGCGGAGGUGCUGGCCCAGCUGCACAGGCAACAUCAACCACGUCCAAAAGUACUAGUAGAGGAAACAACAAGAAUAAAAAGGGUCGGACCGGCAACAACAAUAAAACGUACGAGAAAUUCGUUCUGGUGGCGCAUAGCUUCGGUGGAUACAUUUCGACCGCGUUCGCGAACACCGUGAAAGACCGGUUGGCCGGCCUGAUCUUGCUGAGUCCCUGUUUCGGGUUUCCGAAAACCCGCAUGCCGAAAGAGAGCGAAAAGGGCUACAAGGAGCAGAUGAUCGAGGCAUUGUUCGACGGUAUGAGCAGCAGCGGCGGCCCGAGUCAGAUUGUGAAGGGGAUGGGCAGCUGGGGUGGUUACUUUUUUCGUUCGUGGGUGCGGACGCGGUUCGCGACCCCGCCGCCGGAGGCGGAGUUCGACGCGCUCGUGGACUACUUGGUUGGCAUCAACUACGACGCAAGCCCGGGCACCGAAAGCUCCCUGUUCGCCGUUUUCGGUCGGUUCCUGACCAACAAGGCGGAGUUGCCGCUCAUCGAGCGCGUGGACUUGGAGGGCGUCCCGUUGAUUUCGUUUUUCGGUGACGACGACUGGAUGGAUAAACAGGGUGCCAGUUACCUCGGAGACAUCGGGGUCAUCUCCGGGUGCACGCACCAAAUGCACAUGGAGUACCCGCGCCUGGUCACCCGAUGCAUCAUGUACUUCGUGAAGCACAACAUCGAUGCGCGCGCUGCGCAAGACGGGAAAAUAAAUGGCGCUCCUUCUAUGAACAAUAACUCCACGGGGGCGACCGGGAAAAUUAUAAAUGGGGACGCCGAGCGUGAGCUGCAGGAACAGGAUCUUGCUGUGGCUGGGUAUAAUAUUAAUACUCUUACUCAUGUGAUGAACGCCAGCCAGAAACCGAAGUUGCGGUCAAAGGCAAGCUUUGAGCUAGAGGCUCCGUCUGAUGAUGAAGGAGAAGUACAAGCGAACGACGAAAAUUAUCGCAGCGCGCGAGAGCGUGCGGCCCAGAAGAAAAAAACUGCCAUCAUCGGCAACACCGGGAUGCAGCCGGCACUCUCAGUGCUGGCGGAAAAGCAUGGGCAAAACAGGUCAAAAACACCUCCCGGAGCCGAGUCGGCAACUACCGCGUCAUCGAACUCUAUAGGGCCAACAACUCCUGCAACGUCCGGUGGACCUCAACAGCGAGGACCGAAUAUUAUCAAGCCUGCUCCGGUGGCCGACGUCCGGACCUUCCAUGGGAAUGUUCGUGCGAGCAUUGGCGGACGCACGCCCGCUGUGUACAUCGUGCCGGUCGACGGAACGGUGACCAAGGAGGAACUGCAGAUGAUCCAGGCUCCCACGUACUCCAAGCGUCCGUACAAAAAGGUCCUGAAAAUCAAGAAACGUGCCCCCGUCUGGUGGAUCCCGAACGAGACGUCAGAAGGGGUGGCGGACUAUCAAACAGAAAAAUCCCCCCUCCCCAUAUCGAAAUGGAAAUCUGUGAUGGAGGAUUUGAGGUACCAAAUCGACUUGUCAUGCUAGAAGGCCAAGAGCCGCAGUCGUGGUCUCGUUUGCAGGCAAUUUGUCAUGCUGUUUCCCACUCUCAGCUGCCUCCUAUCAUGCUGAAGAUGCAAGGCUCCCCCACGCCACCCAGCACUACAGUCCGCAUCUUUUCCCGUGUAGCAUGACAAAGCUGAUUCGUGACAACAUUCCGCUUUGAUAUGGGGAGGGGGGAUUUUCCCUUUCGAUACGGACAUCCGCGAGUUCAGGCCCGACUACGAUCCCGAGCUCCUACAGAGCGCCGCAGAGUCUGAAGUGGACGAGAGCGGGGAUGAAGGCGGAAGACUCGACGGCGGCCAUCAAAUUCAGUCCCACGAUAGUAGUACCACUCCGCAUCACCUGCGUCAACCUAAAAUUGCGAUCGAUAUCAAAAUGCGUAGGAGACUGAUCGAGGACAACUCUGAUGCAGCAACUGGUGCCAGGGAAGAUUCUGCCACGUCGGACGCUGCAGCCGCAAAGGUGGGCAACAAGGAGGGGAGCAAAACUACCGGCGGCGCGAUCACGGGCGGAAAAGCUGGCGUGAGUAGACGAGGGCGAGAACAAGAUGAACAAAAAGGCAAGGCGAUGAAAGGGUCGUCGUCCAAAAAGGCCCAGAUGUUUCGUCCCGACGCACGUCAGGGCGGAAAAUCUCCAGCCUCAGCCGCACCGACAUCGACGACGACGCUAAGCUCAGACGGUUGGGUUUCCGUCGACCCUUUGGACCUCCGGGACACGGUGGGAUUGGAUUCAGACACUAUCAGAUUCAAAAACGACGUUUAGGUGGAUAUGCCGAGGAAAAAUUGCUCAGGCCGUUCCUUGUUCCCGCGUACACGUCGACGUCCUGUAGGAUUUUCUGUGACCUCCAUGAUACUGUUUCUUGUUUCAUAUCUUGAUGUUGAUUCACUAUUGAGCUAGUGUUGGAUUGUUCAAGUUCAUGUGAGCAACAUCCAUAUUUUUAGGCGACAUAGAGUUAUUUUGUGGACGAACAUCAAAACGUUUAUACAGACCAUUGUGUGAUUCGACACAAUGAAACCAUCGUAGGAACUCGAAUCAUUUUUGCUGAUGAAGAGGGGGCACCGAACAACCAGACAAGUUUCGUCGUCCCAUUUCCGAUCAAGCAUGGUAUACCGAAUAAGUCACUACCGCCGGCAUCUAGGCGGGAACUAUUGGCGAC